UUCGCGCAAUCGUGCUUGGAUUGAACAGAAUUGACUAUGAUCUCUCUGAAAGGUCCCGAUACGACUGUGAAUAUCCCGAUCGAAGUAUGGGAACAUAUCUUCACCCUAGCCAACAAGACCGAGAUCAACGUCGCCUACAGCUGGGGCCCGUUGUCCAACUGGCGAAACGCGCAAGGAACCGCGCGAGCUUUGACUGCUGUCUGCCGCGAGUGGCACAAGAUCACCCUGCGAUUCCUCUACGCCGAUGUCGUAUUCGGCUCUCUCACGCAACUACCCGCAUUUUAUGCGACUCUAGUCUCCAACCCGCCGAGUUUCUGCCCCAUAGUGCGUAACAUAUCUGCCCAAGCCCUUAUUCCACAGGGAAGUGGCCGCAUUUUCCAGCGGUAUCUCGAUGAAAUCAUCGCUUGCUGUGUUUCGCUGAAAAGAGCCCUCUAUUGUCAAUCAAGUACCACUUGACCUUCCUUCCCUACGCGAGUUGUCUCUCAUAGUAUGGUCU